AGAGAGAAAUACCAAGUGCAGGGAAGACCGCAGAAGGAGAGCCCAGAGUGAGCAUGUGGCAGGGAGACAGCCUGGGGGAGGCCGCCAUGGAAGGAAGGGGCGGAGAAUUAGGGGGACAGGGGAGUUGGGGACUGGAAGAUGCACCAGGCCUCUUGGCCAGAGCCUCCCUGCCCAUCAUGCCCGCAUGGCCAUUGCCCCUAGCCUCCUCUGCCCUUACCCUGCUCCUUGGAGCCCUUACUUCCCUCUUCCUCUGGUACUGCUACCGCCUGGGAUCCCAAGACAUGCAGGCUCUGGGGGAUGGGAGCCGGGUUGGGGGUGUCGGUGGGACUGGGGGAUGCUCUGAGCCUCUUGGGCCAAGCUCAGGGAGUUCAGGGGAGCCUGGGGAAGGACCAAGGGCAGAAGGCCUAGUGAGUCGUCGCCUUCGGGCCUAUGCCAGGCGCUACUCCUGGGCAGGGAUGGGUAGGGUGAGGCGGGCAGCUCAGGGUGGCCCAGGCCCUGGGGGAGGGCCAGGCAUCCUGGGCAUUCAGCGUCCAGGCCUGCUUUUCCUGCCAGACCUGCCCUCGGCUCCCUUUGUGCCACGGGAUGCCCAGCGGCAUGAUGUGGAACUCUUGGAGAGCAGCUUCCCUGCCAUUUUGCGGGACUUUGGAGCUGUGAACUGGGACUUCUCAGGGACUACCCCUCUGCCUCGGGGCUGGUCCCCACCCCUGGCCCCUGGGUGCUACCAGCUCCUGCUAUACCAAGCAGGCCGGUGCCAACCCAGCAACUGCCGCCGGUGCCCAGGGGCCUAUCGGGCACUGAGGGGGCUGCGGAGCUUUAUGAGCGCCAACACCUUUGGCAAUGCUGGCUUUUCCGUUCUCCUGCCUGGUGCCCGGCUUGAGGGCCGCUGUGGGCCCACCAAUGCCAGGGUCAGAUGCCAUCUGGGAUUGAAGAUCCCCCCUGGCUGUGAGCUGGUGGUCGGGGGCGAGCCCCAGUGCUGGGCUGAAGGACACUGUCUACUGGUGGAUGACUCCUUCCUGCACACAGUGGCUCAUAAUGGUGCCCCUGAAGAUGGGCCUCGAGUAGUCUUCAUUGUGGACCUCUGGCAUCCCAAUGUGGCUGGGGCUGAGCGCCAGGCCCUCGACUUUGUCUUCGCACCAGACCCUUGAAGGAAGGCGUCCUCUUCAGAUGUCUGGGCUGGAGAGAGGCUGCACCAGGGAUGGCUUGAGUGCUAGCCAGGACCUCUUCUCCAUCGCAUGGGGAGGGGUGGGACAGAGGGUGGGAACUGCCCAGUGAGCACCGAAAUAUAAAUUUUAAAUCCUC